AUUGGCUGCUGCGCUGUCCUGUCUGUCCUAGCGGGUCCGUGAAGGUGAACCCGGCUACUCGCCAUCUUUCUCCCUGCCUGCUCGCCUUCCGUCUUCCUCCUCAGCCAUGUCCGUGUUCAGCGACGUCCCGCAGGCGCCCCCGGUGGCCGUCUUCAAGCUGAGCGCCGACUUCAGGGAAGACGGCCAUCCCCAGAAAGUCAACCUGGGCGUCGGAGCCUACCGCACAGACGACUGCCAGCCGUGGGUGCUGCCGGUGGUCAAGAAGGUGGAGCGACUCAUCGUGGACGACCACAGCCUCAACCACGAGUACCUGCCCAUCCUCGGACUGCCCGAGUUCCGCUCGGCCGCCUCCAAGGUCGCCCUGGGAGACGACAGCCCCGCCAUCUCGGAGAAGCGGGUGGGCGGCGUCCAGGCCCUGGGCGGGACGGGCGCGCUGAGGAUCGGCGCGGAGUUCCUGCGGCGUUGGUACAACGGCGUCAACAACACGGCCACGCCCGUCUACGUGUCCGCGCCCACCUGGGAGAACCACAACAGCGUGUUUGCCGACGCCGGGUUCAAAGACAUCCGGCCGUACCGCUACUGGGACGCUGCCAAGAGGGGGCUGGACCUCAGCGGCCUGCUGGAAGACCUGGAGACAGCUCCAGAAGGUUCCAUCUUUGUCCUCCAUGCUUGUGCUCACAACCCCACUGGAACAGAUCCUAGUCCUGCUGAGUGGAAGCAAGUAGCAAACAUCAUCAAGAGGAGGAAUCUCUUCACCUUCUUUGACUCCGCCUACCAGGGCUUCGCCUCAGGCUCCCUGGAAAAAGACGCCUGGGCCAUCCGCCACUUUGUGUCUGAGGGCUUUGAGCUCUUUGUGGCUCAGUCCUUCUCCAAGAACUUUGGGCUGUACAACGAGAGGGUGGGCAACCUGACAGUGGUGGCGCGCGAUGGCGACAAUCUGUCUCGCAUCCUGUCCCAGAUGGAGAAGAUCGUCAGGACCACCUGGUCCAACCCGCCCUCACAGGGGGCGCGCAUCGUCAGCAAGACCCUCAACUGCCCCGAGCUCUUCGCGGAAUGGAAGUCCAACGUGAAGACCAUGGCCGACCGGGUGCUCCUCAUGAGGGACCAGCUCAAGUCCAAGCUGCAGGCUCUCGGCACACCGGGGACCUGGGACCACAUCACCCAGCAGAUUGGCAUGUUCAGCUUCACCGGACUCAACCCCAAUCAGGUGAAGUUCAUGAUCAAGGAGAAGCACGUCUACUUGAUGGCGAGCGGGCGCAUCAACAUGUGCGGCCUCACCUCCAAGAACAUCGACUACGUGGCCCAGUCCAUCCACGACGCCGUCACCCAGGUCCAGUAGAAGGCCACGCCCCCUCCAGCCCCGCCCCACCCGGGCCUCUAAGCGGCCAACGGGGAGCUCUUCCAGUACGGCGCCUCGUGUGACGUCAGGCCAGUACCGUCCUCACCUCUUUGUAGCUGUCGUCAUAGCAACCACCACUGUACCUUCUCCAAGUGUCUGUCGCCUGCUGGACCCAAAUACACUGAAAUAUGACGAAAUGCUGUCUCACAUCCUCACAGACACUCCCGCAGCUUUACCGAACGUUCUUUCAGGCGUUCUUCGCUCGUCUGAACGUUCUUUUUUAGCGUUGUUCGCUCGUCUGAACGUUCUUUCAGGCGUUCUUCGCUCGUCUGAACGUUCUUUCAGGCGUUCUUUGCUCGUCUGAACGUUCUUUCAGGCGUUCUUUGCUCGUCUGAACGUUCUUUCAGGCGUUCUUCGCUCGUCUAAACGUUCUUUCAGGCGUUCUUUGCUUGUCCGAACGUUUUUUCAGGAGUUCUUCUCUUGUCUGAACGUUCUCUCAGGCGUUCUUCGCUCGUCUGAACGUUCUUUCAGGCGUUCUUUGCUCGUCUGAACGUUCUUUCAGGCGUUCUUCACUUGUCUGAAUGUUCUUUCAGGCGUUUUUCGCUCGUCUGAAUGUUCUUUCAGGCGUUCUUCGCUCGUCUGAACGUUCUUUCAGGAGUGUUUCUCUCGUCUGAAUGUUCUCUCAUGCGUGGUUCGCUCGUCUGAAUGUUCUUUCAGGCGUUCUUUGCUCAUCUGAAUGUUCUUUCAGGCGUUCUUCGCUCGUCUGAACGUUCUUUCAGGCGUUCUUUGCUCGUCUGAACGUUCUUUCAGGCGUUCUUCGCUCGUCUGAACGUUCUCUCAGGCGUUCUUCGCUCGUCUGAAUGUUCUUUCAGGCGUUCUUCGCUCGUCUGAACGUUCUUUUUUAGCGUUGUUCGCUUGUCUGAACGUUCUUUCAGGCGUUCUUCUCUUGUCUGAACGUUCUCUCAGGCGUUCUUCGCUCGUCUGAACGUUCUUUCAGGCGUUCUUCGCUUGUCUGAACGUUUUUUCAGGCUUUCUUCACUCGUCUGAACGUUCUUUCAGGCGUUCUUCGCUUGUCUGAACGUUCUUUCAGGAGAUCUUCUCUCGUCUGAACGUUCUCUCAGGCGUUCUUCGCUUGUCUGAACGUUCUUUCAGGCGUUCUUUGCUCGUCUGAACGUUCUUUCAGGCGUUCUUUGCUUGUCCGAACGUUCUUUCAGGCGUUCUUCUCUCGUCUGAACGUUCUCUCAGGCGUUCUUUGCUUGUUUGAAUGUUGUUUCAGGCGUUCUUCGCUCUUUUCAAACGUUCUUUCAGAGGUGUCAGCACUGCUUGAACUGUACAGUAUGUAAGAUUGCAAAUAUUAGGUGUCCACAUACUGUAACUAUAACAUAUUAAUAUUCCUUUUGCUUGUUAAACGGACAAAUAAAACCAGAAGAGUGCAACAAAAUGUCUUCUCUUUCAUGA